CCGCCCGGUGCGGGGCGAUCGCGCCGCUUCGCUACAUUGUAUCCGCCGGCGGCGGAGAACAAUAGGCGCCGCCGCCGCCCCCGGGCCUGGGCGCCGCGGCCGCCCCCGCCCCCGCCGCGACCCCCGACACCCUUCAUGCGCUUCCCCUGCCCCGGGCGCGCCGGGCCUGGAACAGGACUGCCACUGUUGAGUCUGUGGGAAUAUGAAUCAGCAGCAGCAGAGAAUGGCUGCAGUUGGGACAGACAAAGAGCUCAGUGACCUGCUGGACUUCAGUAUGAUGUUUCCCUUGCCAGUGGCUAAUGGAAAAAACAGACCCACGACCCUUGCGAGCACUCAGUUUGGAGGAUCAGGCUUGGAUGAAAGGCCGGGAUCAGGUUCCUGGGGAACGGCAGAUCAAAACAGCUCCACGUUUGACCAAGGAAGGCAGAGCUAUGGUGAAGGCCCCCACUACGGCGAGCACCGGGACCUGCCAUCCCACAACAGCAUCUCCUCGUCCCCGUUCCUGGGAGCUGGACUCGUGGGGAAGAGCAGUGAAAGAGCCUCAUACUCCACGUUUGGAAGAGACACAGGGAUGCCAGGACUAAACCAGCCUGGUUUCCUGCCCAGCGAGAUGGGAAUCGCCAGCCCGAGCACGCUUUCCCCCACUGGGGGCAAAGGGGGGGCUCAGUAUUUUUCUUACCCCAACAAUCCUCGCAGGAGAGGUGCUGAGAGCAGCAUAGAUGGACAGCCCAAAAAGGUUCGGAAGGUGCCUCCUGGACUCCCCUCCUCGGUGUAUCCAUCCAACUCAGGUGAUGACUACAGCAGGGAUCCAGCUGGAUAUACUCCCUCAAAACCUCCCAGCACUGUGUAUCCUGGAGCCUUUUACAUGACAGAUGGACUCCAUAACUCUGCAGACCUGUGGAGUUCCCCGGGUGCCAUGAGCCAGUCGAGUUACGGUGCCAUGCUGGGCAGCUCCUCGUCCCCGCUCCCGCAGUCCAGCGGCUUCAACAGUUUACACCAGCACGAGCGCAUGAACUACCAGCUGCAUUCAGCAGAGGUGAACGGCGGGCUGCCCUCCGUGUCCGGCUUCUCCUCGGCGCCCACGGCGUACGGAGUGUCCAGUCACACCCCCCCGAUCAGCGGCACCGACACCAUCAUGGGUAACAGAGGAACCACGGCCGGGAGCUCCGGGGACGCGCUUGGGAAGGCUCUGGCCUCGAUUUACUCCCCUGACCACUCUAGCAAUAACUUCUCCUCCAACCCCUCCACCCCGGUCGGGUCCCCGCAGGGCCUCGCAGGCUCGUCGCAGUGGCCGCGGGCGGGCGGAGCGGGUGCCUUAUCUCCCAGUUACGAAGGGAGCCUCCACACUUUGCAAAACAAAAUGGAAGACAGGUUGGAUGAAGCCAUCCACGUGCUGAGGAACCACGCCGUGGGCCAGACCUCUGCCAUGGCCAGCAACCACGGGGACAUGCACGGGCUGCUGGGCUCAGCACCAGCACACAGUGCUGCCGUGGGCAGCCUGGGCCAGGCCUUCCCUGCCUCAGUCAUGGCCCUGGGGAGCAGGCACCCGAGUCUGGUGGGAGGAGGCCACCCUGAGGAUGGGCUGUCCAGCAACCCCAGCUUGCUCCACAACCACGUCACGCUUCCAUCCCAGCCCAGCUCGCUGCCGGAGCUCAGCAGGCAGCAGGACACGUACAGUGGUUUGUCCGGGGGGCUGGGCCGGAGCAGCGUCUCCUCAGGAACGAGCGAGAUAAAGAGGGAGGAGAAGGAGGAUGAGGAGAACACGUCGGUGGCAGAUAACUCAGAAGAGGAGAAGAAGGAGCUGAAACCCUCCCGGAACAGAACAAGGUGCUCUUUGAACAGUCAAGAUGAGGAUGAGGAGGACGAUCUUCUUCCCCCAGAGCAAAAAGCCGAGAGAGAGAGAGAAAGGAGGGUCGCCAAUAAUGCCCGUGAGCGCCUGCGGGUUCGUGACAUCAACGAGGCCUUUAAGGAGCUCGGACGCAUGUGCCAGCUGCACCUAAACAGCGAAAAACCGCAGACCAAACUGCUAAUCCUACACCAGGCCGUAUCAGUCAUACUGAACCUGGAGCAACAAGUUAGAGAGCGCAAUCUGAACCCAAAAGCCGCCUGCUUGAAGCGUCGGGAAGAGGAGAAAGUGUCCGGAGUGGUAGGAGACCCCCAGAUGACACUGUCAGCUUCCCAUCCUGGUCUAGGAGACGGUCACAACCCUGUUGGACACAUGUAAAGAUCUUUUUGUUCCUCUGGCUAUGGAGGUGUGUAGGAAGAAAACCCUUGGUGUGACCUGCAGCCCUGUUGAACCAUGAACUGUAGUACUGCUCAUACUGACACACGCAGCCGGAUCCUGGCGUGACGUAAGGAGUGGAAAAAACACUUUGUCAGAAACAAAACGGAAACAAAAAAUUGCCUUAAGUAUAAAGUGCAGAACAGUCAAUACAUAUCACUCAGUUAGGAGGGGGUGGCGUGUUCUCUUGGCUUGUUCACAAGCAGCCAGCAGCAAAAUUGUGCCUAAGCUUGAUAUUUCUUUUUUAAAAAAAAAGAACAUUAGUUAUGAGAUUUUUUAUGUAGAACAAAUAGCAAUGCCUUUUGGUUUUUUUAGCUUCUUUUGCAUAUGUUUUGUAAGCAACGAAAAAAAUUUUUUUUUUUGUAUAAAAACAUGUCUUGUACCCUCCGCUUUUCUGCUGCUGUUUCUAUAGUUAACGUUGCAUCUUUAGGAUCAACCAGAAUAUUAAAAUUGUAUUAAGAGAGACUGGAUAUAAAGAGAGGAAUUCUCAGAUUCGGCUCGGAAAGCCACUAAAAGCGAAUGUAGCCACAGUGAGGGAAUGUUCUUCCUUGCCUGGCUUGUACCUUCCAUGACAACAAACAAACUUGUGCUGAAUUCACCAUCUCUUAUCUUCGGCCACUUCUGAUUUGGGAAAAGGAAGUUAAACAGCAGAGCAGUGGCAGCAGUGCUCCCCUCCCCGGGCAGUGACUGAGGUGCUCGCUGGGGUUUGCCUUGUUCUGGAGAUGCCCCCGGGUCAGAGGAUGUGACCACGGCUGUUCCAGAGUGUCACCGUGGGGAGGAGGAGCUGGAAGAGCAGCCCCGGGUGGAGGAGAACCAAGGGACUGAGGCACUUCCAGGUGAGCAGAGCAGCGAGGGAUGCACAGGGAAGCUCCUGUUCCCACGGGCCAGAGCUGCCAGAGGCACUUCCAGGAGCAGCACUGAACAAAGACCAAGUGAACAAAGCUGCAGCACUGGGAAGAGGCAGAGGCAGCUGGAGCAGCAGUGGGACACAGGGCCAGGAGGCCGGGCAGCAGCAGCAGCAGAGGGUGCUGGAGGCAGGGAAGGAGCAGAGACCCGGCCACUCCAGCCUGGGCAAAGCCCUGAGCAGCUGCAGGAUCCCUUCUGGCACUGGAGCCAUUGGAAAUGCACAAUGCUGGCUCGGGGAGAGGGGUGGCCUCACAGCCCGCUGUCACCUGCUGUCACAUCUCCCAGGCAUCCCCGGAGGCAGACUGAGCUCAGCCCUGCCACGGGAUGGGAGUGGCCACCUCACCUGCACACGGGCUCCUCUCUUGGCACUGGGAAGGGGGCAGCAGGAGCUCCUGUCCCUGUGCUCCAGCAGCCAAGCUGGGCCAGCUGUCCCUUCACUCCAAGGGAUUCCCAGUCACUCCAGACCACUCUGGUGUCCCCAGCAGGAGGAGGAUCCCUGGUAGCCCCUCUGGGUGCCCUCAAGGUGUGGAGCAAAGAGGUGCUGGGCAGUGCUGAGCUGCAGCUGCCAGUCUGGAGAUGGCCAUGGAAAAACAUCCACCAGGAAUUUACUCUUGUUUCUUCCCUCUCCUUCUCCUUGUGAAACAUUUUGUGCCUGGUUCUUCCCAGCUCUGCAGAGCCCAGUCAGGCAGGAUGGUGCACAAGACAUGGCUGCUGGUCUGGGGGGAUGUGGGGAGCUCCCCUCUCCCCUGCAGGCUCCAUCUCUCCCUGUGCUGCUCCAGCCUGGGCUCCUGGAGAAGCUGUGUUGCUUUGGCACAGGGAAAGGGAGGGACUGGCACACAGGAUUAGCUCCUGUGGCACUUCCCAGGUACCCCAGGCUCUUGGCAUAACCUGGUGCUCCUCCAUGUGCUUUGUGCCCUGGCAAGCCCUGCUGGAAGUGCUCAGGGCAGUGCUUAUCCCCCACCCACACCUGGGCACUGUGGCCUCACCCUGUGGCAGCUCCAAGCUGAGCCACUCCAAGUGCCAGGGCAGGAUGGGACUGUCCCUGCUGCCCCUGGCCCUGCCUGGGGCUCCCCAGCAUCCAACCAUCCCUCUGAAGCUUUUGGGUGCUCCCACCAUUCCUUCUGCAUGGUGAGACCUCAGCAGCCCCAGCUCUGUCCCUGGGAAGGGCAGGAAACUCAGUGGUUCCAUAACCCAGGUGCUUCUUGCCUGUGUCAACAGACACAUUUUAGCCUAAUCAGCUCAACAGGUUACAACACUUCCCUCCCUGGGGCUCUUCUGGGUGCUGAAGCAGUGGGCAGGGAGAUGGAUGAGGUUUUGCUCCCUGUGUGACAGCCCUGACUCCCAUUCAUGCUCUGGAGUGCAAACUGCAGGGCUCAGCAGCUGCUUUCUGUUUCAUCCAUGAGAGUUCCUGCUCCACUGGUGAGAGUGCUGGGGCUGCAAAGUGCCCACUGCUCAGGGGUCUUGGCUGGCUCAGUGCCCCUGUCCCAGGGCCAGGAGGGAUGGAGCAGUGUCCCAGCCCUGGAAAGCUUGAAACCCUACAAAAAAUAGUUAAAAGUGGUUCACAAACCCUUUGAUUUUGCCCCAAGAAUUGGAGGUGGCAGUAAUGGACAACUGGACUUAAAGGGACUAGUCAAGAAAAAUCCAUAAAUUCAACAAAAUUGGAAACCUGAGAAGAUUUAUGAGUUGUUCACAAAUUUGCUGAACUUCUUUAUCCCCUCCGAGUCCUGCAGGCCAAGGAGGAAUCCUGAUGAGCCAGAGCCUUUCUCACCAUCCCUGAAUCCCCAGGCAUUGGAACAAAAAUGGGGUUUUUCAGCUGCAUUUAGGUGGUUUAAGAUGUUACUUUGAAAGCAAAUCCAGCCAACUUCCAUCCAUGGCAAGGCUUAGGUGAAGAUCUUUGAGCAUUAGCCCUCAGAGGCAGGGUUUGGAGAGAUCAUUUCAAAAGCACAAUGUAGGGGGUGGCAGUGCUGUCCCUGGAGCUGCCUCGAUGGCACAGGGUGACAGCUGUGUGUGCCAGCCCAGUAUGGCCUCAGUGGCAUCUCUGCUUUUCAGGGGCUCAGGGAACAAUUGGGAAGAGCAGCAAGGAAAAUUUCCUUUGUCUUGCCAGUGUGUUUGGCUCAGUAUGAGCUUGGUGCCUGUAACCUGCCAGGGAAAGUGGCUUUUCUGAAAACAACCACUGCCAGGUGCUCUCCCCAAAAUCCCACCAGCCCAGCCCUGGAAUGUCACCCUGUAGCAAUGAAACUCUUGUCUUUAGGUGUUGUGGUCAGUGAGCUCACAGCCCACAGCUCUGCUCCAUUCCACUUGGGAUCUUAGAGAUCCCCAGACCUGCUCCUGUGCCCAUCUGUGUGUCCCCCACAGCAGUGGUGCUGCCAGGAGAGCUGUCACAGGGGGGUGACAUGUUCUAUGGUGCCAUUUAUUCCAUUUCCUCCUUCCUCUCUCAGCCUUUGCUUGCAUGGCUGCUCCUGGUGGCACAUGCCCUCCUCUUUGGGGGCCACUGAGCCCCCCCAAGCUUCCUUCAUCAGUGGGGGGCUGCCUUCCCUUCUGUGCAGCUUCUUCUAGUUCCUCUUUCCCCAGGCUGCCUCAGUGAAGCAGCAGAACUGGGACACUGCCAUGGGACAUUUCCUGUGUCCCCAGCCCAGGGGCUCCUGUUGCCCUGCUCAGCCAGCCCCCUGCCUCCCUGCACACAGGCUGUGCAUGCCACAGGACUGGGGAGCGUCUGGAAUCCAGUCUAUGAACAGUAAAGUUGCAGAUUGUUGUUUUUUCUCCCUUUUCACCUGCUUUUUCCCCAGAACAAAGCAGCUGCAGCCUCCCAUGGGUUGGUGUUCAGGCAGUGGUGGCUGCUCACAGCCCAAGGAGCAGAAUUCCAGCUGUGUGGCACUCACCCCUGCCCUGACCCUUCAGAUCCCCUCACAGCCCCAGCCAGCAGCUCCUGGGGCUCUCUGCUCCCCUUCUUCCCCCAGAGCUGGGCUGCAGGAAGGAUGGACUCAAGCUGUGGUUGUCUCAGGCUGUAAUUCCAGAGUCAGGGCAGAAACUGCUCUCCAAGGUCCUUUGUGUCUCACCAGUGUCCCCACUGAAGCCAGCAGAGCCUUUGGGCCAUUGCUGAGUGGUUCCAGUUGUGGGGGCUCGAGAAACAGGAGGCUUUGCAAACCCCCAGUCCCCUGCACCCCUUGAGCUUUGCUGCCAACUUUGUGGCCAGUGGAACCCAAGUUCCUCUUGCAGGCCCUGCUGUGCUGUAGUGGGGAGCCUGGGCCAGCUCCAGUUCCAUCCCUGGGCUCUGGGAGGUGGAGCAAAGCUGGGGAUGGAGCUGGGCCAGAAGAAGCUUUCAGCCCCCACCUGCAGUGCUGCUAACCCAGAGCAAGCCUGGCCCCUGGGCUCCCCCAUUCCUGCCCAACACCAGCAAUAGCAAGGCCUGUUUUCUGUACCCUGAGCUUGCACGAGGUCUUUGCCCUGUUAAAAAUCCUAUGCAAAUCUUACCCCUCUCCCCUCUCCUGGGGCUCUGCAGAUCCCAGCCCAGCCCAUUCUCUCUGCUCUUGUCUGUGAUUCCUGCUCCCUGCUGCCCUCAGGGUCCAGCUUCAUUCCUGGCAGCUCCAAAAGCAUUUUGAGACCUGUGCUCUGGAGCUGGGAGGGGGCAGAUGAGACUGUAGGAGCACCCAGCUCAUACUGAGCACUGAACUGGAGGGGACAGGGCCUGGUCCUGGGGCUCCUCCACGCACCCUUCAUCCUCCUGUGCCUUCUGCUCAAUGCUGGUGGGGCUCUGCCAGCAUCCCUCAUCCCCCAGCCCCCUGACAGGAGAAGCUCUGUUCCACCUUGCUGCUGCCCAGACUGCCCUGUCCUGACCCCUGAGCCUCAGCCUUGGCUGGGGCUGCUCUUCCUUCAGCCACCCCAAGCCUGCAGGGGUGUUUCCCUUCCUGCCAUGCUCCCCAGUCUGUCCAGCCAGCAUCUCUGAGCUGUUUCCCUUUGCAGAGGGGCAGCCCAUGCCAGCAGCUGGGGUGGGUGCUGCCAGUGUCCCACAGCACAGCUGCCUCUCCCUGCCCCUGGGCACCUGGUGCUCUGUACUUUGAUUUCCAGGACAAUUCAGCCCUUUUGGGGAGCCAGCACUGCUGUGCCUUGGCCUGCAGGACUCCCAGGGGGAGGGGGGCUCUGCUUAGGAGGGUGGUGCAGGCUCCUCAUGACCUUCUGCCAAACUUUGUGUGUCCAUCUGCAGCCCAGCUCCGGGCCAAGGGCACUCCUGUCGUGGGUGCCCACAUUGGUGUCUCUGUUCCCCUGGCUUUGUACCCCUCCUGCUCCUCAGGGCUCCCCAUUCCCACCCUGGCACAGCCAAGCCCAUGCUGUGCUGGAGGGCAAGGCUGUAACACUCACCCUGAGACAUCUCAGCCCAGCGUGGCUGCAGCACCAGCCCAGGAGAGCAAAGGGGUUUCUGCUUCCAAAGGGGUGUCCUGGUACCGAGGCCUUUGGCCAAAGAGCACCCCUGGGCUGUGCCCUGCACCCCUGGGCUGUGCUCUGCACCCCUGGGCUGUGCCCUGCACCCCUGGGCUGUGCUUUCCAUCCCUGGGCUGUGCUCUGCACCCCUGGGCUGUGCCCUGCACCCCUGGGUUGUGCCCUGCACCCCUGGGUUGUGCUCUGCACCCCUGGGCUGUGCUCUGCACCCCUGGGCUGUGCUCUGCACCCCUGGGCUGUGCUCUGCACCCCUGGGCUGUGCCCUGCACCCCUGGGUUGUGCUUUCCAUCCCUGGGCUGUGCUCUCCACCCCUGGGCUGUGCUCUCCACCCCUGGGUUGUGCCCUGCAUCCCUGGGCUGUGCCCUGCACCCCUGGGCUGUGCUCUCCACCCCUGGGCUGUGCCCUGCACCCCUGGGCUGUGCUUUCCAUCCCUGGGCUGUGCCCUGCACCCCUGGGCUGUGCCCUGCACCCCUGGGUUGUGCUCUCCACCCCUGGGUUGUGCUCUGCACCCCUGGGUUGUGCCCUGCACCCCUGGGCUGUGCCCUGCACCCCUGGGCUGUGCUUUCCACCCCUGGGCUGUGCCCUGCACCCCUGGGCUGCCCCCUGCACCCCUGGGUUGUGCCCAGGGAGCCGUGGAGCUCCUGGAGACAGCGAGCUGGGGACACCAGCUGUCCCCCUUGCCAGGGCCACGUCUUCCCAAGUCACCAGAAGCCAGCAGCCUUUGAGCAAACCUGGUACCGUGGAGCCACGGGGAGGGAAGGAGCCGUGGGAGCCCCGCAGCAGCCACUGCUGCUGUGUGUGCCAGGAGAGGGGACAGGGGCAGGACAGGGAGGAUCCCAGCUGGGAAUGACCUGUCCCUGCAGAGGGCUCCAGCUCUCCGGGGAAACAAAGCAUUCCUGGGAUGUUCUUUAUAUUUUUGUAGGAAUGGGGGGUGGGAGAGCAGAUGGGAGAUGCCUGCGGAAGUUGUUUAUUUUUAACCCUGUAGAAAGUUAUGGGUUGUUUUGGUUUUUGGCCUUUAAAAUAAAAAUGGUCCUUGCUUUUGAUGUUUAUGCUGCCUACCUGUAAAUCCAGAUGUACUUAAGUGGCUGAAAUCCUUGUUCUUAAAUCAGAUACACAUUAUAGUUUUGAACUAUAUAUAUAGUAAAUAUAUAUAUAUAUAUGCCUAACCCAGCAAAAAAAAAAAAAAAAAAGUAUUUGGGGGUGGGAAAUGCGUUGCUCUUUGAAAUGAAUCACAAUUGGGGGAUGAAAUUGUGUUUCUGAGUGCCUCAAGAUAUGAAUUGUUUUCAUUUUUUUAAAUAAUUUUAUACAAGUGUCAAAACAGCUGGCUGGAUUAUUUGGAAUUUUUAAAUAAUCCUAACUUUUUUAAAGUAGAUUUUGAGAACUGUCCUGUAUAUAACAGUAAUGUAGCAAUAAAUGUGACAUUUUAUAACAAUA